AUGCAAUACAGAUCAGUCUUUGUUUCAUCAGCUUUAGUUGCUUCUUCUUUAGCUGCUUAUGUUCCUUCUGAACCAUGGUCAACUUUAACCCCUGAUUCAUCAGCUCCAACUGGUGCUAUUGAAGAUUAUGCUUCAACUUUUGGUAUUGCUGUUGUUCCAGUUGCUUCUGCAACAUCUUCAGCUUCUCCAAAGGAAAAAAGAGAAGUUAUUUCACAAAUUGGUGAUGGUCAAAUCCAAGCCUCAACUUCAACUGCUUCUCAUGUUUCCACUAAAGCUACUUCAACAGCUCAAGCUAUUUCCCAAAUCGGUGAUGGUCAAAUUCAAGCAUCUACAUCAACAGCUCAACCAAAAUCAACAGGUCAAGCUAUUUCACAAAUCAGUGAUGGUCAAAUCCAAGCUUCUACUUCAACUUCUUCUCAAUCAAAAGAAACUAAAUCUGCAGCAUCACAAAUCACUGAUGGUCAAAUUCAAGCUUCAGCUACCAAAUCUGCUUCAUCAUCAGCAUCAAAAUCAUCAGCUUUAGCUUCAGCUUCUGCUUCACAAGAAUCUGAUGAUUCAGAUCCAGUUAGUGCUGUUUCAUGUAAAUCAGAUGGUUCAUUAGCUUUAACUUUAAAAGAUUCAAUUUUAACAGAUUCAGCAGGUAGAAUUGGUUCAAUUGUUGCCAACAGACAAUUCCAAUUUGAUGGUCCUCCACCACAAGCUGGUGCUAUCUAUGCCGCUGGUUGGUCAAUCACUGAAGAUGGUUAUUUAGCUCUUGGUGAUAAUGAUGAAUUUUACCAAUGUUUAUCAGGUAAUUUCUAUAACUUGUAUGAUGAAAAUGUUGCUGAUCAAUGUCAUGAAAUUAAAUUACAAGUUGUUGAUUUAGUUGAUUGUUAG